UAUCAUUUAGUAUUACUGUAUUACGCUCUCGCGCUCCCUUACUCUAUACAAAUCCAAUACACAUACGACGUUUAGACAUUAUACGCGACCGAAACAGAAAUCUCUAAUCAUUUCGUAUUGCGGCCACCCAUUAUUGUCGUCUGCUACUAUAACUGUAUUUCAGUUCAAUAUCUCCACCGUAUUUCACCUCCGACCAUGGGGAACGAAAACUCGCUUCCGAUGGAGCUGUGCUCAAACUUCGAUGCCGAUGAAAUCAGACGUUUGGGCAAACGGUUCCGCAAACUUGAUUUGGACAACUCCGGUGCUUUGAGUUUGGAYGAAUUUUUAUCUUUGCCCGAGCUUCAACAGAACCCACUUGUACAAAGAGUUAUAGACAUAUUCGAUGAAGAUGGCAAUGGUGAAGUUGACUUCAAAGAAUUUAUUCAAGGAGUUUCUCAAUUCAGUGUUAAAGGAGACAAGGAAUCUAAGUUACGGUUUGCUUUUCGAAUCUAUGAUAUGGAUAAUGAYGGAUAUAUAUCAAAUGGUGAAUUAUUCCAAGUUUUGAAAAUGAUGGUUGGAAAUAAUUUAAAAGAUACUCAGCUUCAGCAAAUUGUGGAUAAAACUAUAUUGUUUGCAGACAAAGAUGAAGAUGGCAAGAUUAAUUUUGAAGAGUUCUGCUCUGUUGUUGGCAAUACAGAUAUACACAAAAAAAUGGUUGUUGAUGUUUAAAUUUAUUAAUUAAAUUGUGCCAAUAAUAUUCAAAUAAAGACGAAAAUUAACAGACUAGUCAAGUGUUUGAACUUUCCAAAUUUAAUGCACACCUAUUCAUGGUUAGUUCAACUGUAUAAAAGUAUUGUUUAAAUUACUAUAGACAAAUUUAUUAACCAUAUACCAAACUUCAUAACUGGAUGCCUAAAAUUCAAAUACAGGCUGMCAGUAUCUAUCUAUAUUAUAUUUAAUUUACAAUAAAAGUAUACAAAAUCAUAUGUUUGCUGAUCUGUUUACAUUUUUUGCCUUUUUAAAAUUGUUAUUAAAAUAUUUAUUAUUACAAAAUAAAAAUAAAAUGUCAAUAAUAUUACAUAAUUAUUGAUUAUAUAUUUCUAUUUAACUUGYACUGUUACUUUAAAGUACAGUUAUUACUUGUAUGUAUACAUUAAUGAUCUUGGUAUCAAUAAAUAAAUAAGAUUUUUACGUA